AUGGAACUUUCUAAUGUUAGUGCACAGUACUUCGAAGCAACUCCCAUAGAUGGCUGGUCUUAUCUUGGAUACUUGGAGGCAAUGAAACCGUAUUUCUACAAUUAUGCUUCAAUAACUUCAUUAAAAUCUUCGUGGAGAAAAAGUUUCUUGGCUACAUUGAGGACUUUUGAAAAGUGCCAAGAUCAAGAGAGAAGUGAGGUGGCUACUUUCCUCAUAAAUGAGUUGGCUGUGAAAAACCAAACACAAUCUUCUGCGUUGGAUAUGCUGAAUGUUGCAACCAGCAAUCAAACGAACCAAGUUAUUAAGUUGCUUGAAGAAGAAUCAGACGAAAAAUACCCUAGUAUUGAACGUCGGGAAGAAUUGGAUGGGCCAUCAUCAAAAAACGCGAGCUCUAAUCCAGAUCCGGAUGCGAGCGAAGAAGAUCAGGAAGAAGAGGAGUCCGCAGAUGAAAUCGAUAAAUUCUUUAUGGACAAGGGAAAUAAUGAAAAGAUUCGUAACGGUGUUACCAGCAACGAUAUUGGUAUUAUUAACUUCGUGGAACGUAUAGAAGAAUCCAAGCCAAUGUCAUCAACCUGUCAACGUCCGUGGGUCCUCCGUAGUGGUACAAACAUAACAUGGAUGUUUGAUGAUGAUUCUUUUAAUUAUGGAUUUUCUUAUAGCCUCGCAUAUUGGAAUAUACUUGAUUUGACCGAGAAUACCCAAAUGAAAUCUCUUUUCUCGACGAAUGACUGGGAGGAAAUGGUUGAAAGUUUCAAUAAUGAAGUUAAAUUGAUCGAAUCGAAUUUUCUUGAUGUGGUAGAGUAUUUUUUCGAUGAAGUUGAAAAAAUUACAAAAAAAGAUGAUAAAGAUAUCAUCAACGCGAUCGAUAGAUUAACCCCGGAAAUUAUUGAAACGAAUCGAAAAGUAGAGCUUAGCGAUGGAGAAAAAAAUGUUAUUUCUAUUUUAAGACGGGCUGUUGUCGCGUACGGGGAAAUUGCAUGUUGGGCGUCAGCUUAUCGCCGAAAUGAAGUCGUUCCGUUGUUCUCAGAGCUCGCAUUGGACAAAAGUCUCAGAAGUGGUGGACUCCCAGAGCCUCAUAAAAAAAAAAUUUACGAAGACAAAGUUGAUCUAAGCGUGGCCAUGCGGGAUAUCUUAUAUACGUUCUUUAAAGAGAAUUCUAAAGCACCUAGCUCUGACAUUCAUUCCACAUUUGUCUUUGGAAUACACUCAUGGGGAUGGGUUCAUAAUAUAUAUGGGAUGGACUGUAAAGCGACGAAUAUACUACGACUUUGUUGUAUUUCUCAUUCAAAGAUGCCCAACACCCUAAAAACGCUCUCAGUACUCGAAAGUUUCUAUGUACUUUUUACGGAUUUGCAGACCACGUUGAAUACUAUUUGUGAACACACAAAUAGUGUCUCACUUGCAGAUUCACGUGCACACAGAAAUCGAAAAAGGAAGAAUCUGGAACAAGCUGGUGAGAAAGGAGGAUCAUUUGGAAAUCCUUCACAAAGCCCGGCAAGUAAGAAGGGUAGAAAAUAUGAAGAUCAUUAA